AUGUCUUCCCAAACUGAUAACAAAUUCAAAGAUGACCAACUCAUGAAAGAUGAGUUCGAAAGUACCUACGACAAGGUCAUCGAUUCAUUCGACGCUAUGGACCUCCCAAAGGAUCUUCUUAGAGGAGUUUACUCAUAUGGUUUCGAAAAGCCAUCUGCCAUCCAACAAAGAGCUAUUAUGCCAUUGGCUAAAGGUCUCGAUAUUAUUGCCCAAGCUCAAUCUGGUACUGGUAAGACUGCCACCUUCACCAUUGGUAUUCUUUCACAAAUCAAUAUCAAUCUCAUGAAGUGUCAAGCACUCAUCAUUGCUCCAACUCGUGAGCUUGCCCAACAAAUCCAAAAGGUCGUAACCUCACUCGGUGAGUACCUCAAGAUCAAGUGUUACGCCUGUAUUGGUGGAACUCGUGUCAGUGACGACGUCCAAAACUUACAAAACGGUGUUCACAUCGUUGUCGGUACCCCGGGUCGUGUCUACGAGAUGUUGAGCCGUGGUGUCAUCACCCGUGAGUCUGUCAAGAUCUUUGUCUUGGACGAAGCCGACGAGAUGUUGUCUCGUGGUUUCAAGGACCAAAUCUACGAAAUCUUCCGUUUGUUGCCAUUGGACAUCCAAGUCGGUCUCUUCUCUGCCACCAUGACUGAGGAAACCUUGAGCAUCACCCACAAAUUCAUGAAGGAACCAGUCAAGAUCUUGGUCAAGAAGGACGAGCUCACCCUCGAGGGUAUUCGUCAAUUCUACGUCAACGUCGGUCCAGCCGAACAAGGUAAAUUCGACGUCUUGACUGAUCUCUACGAAACACUCUCCAUCACUCAAUCCGUUAUCUUCUGUAACACCCGUAGAAAGGUCGACUGGUUGACCACCAAGAUGACCGAGCAACAAUUCACCGUCUCAUCGACUCACGGUGACCAAAAGGAUCGUGAUGGUAUCCUCCAAUCUUUCCGUUCCGGUACCACCCGUGUCUUGAUCACCACCGAUCUUUUGGCUCGUGGUAUUGACGUCCAACAAGUAUCUUUGGUUAUCAACUUCGAUUUGCCACUCAACCUCGAAAACUAUAUUCACAGAAUCGGUCGUUCCGGUCGUUUCGGUCGUAAGGGUGUUGCCAUCAACUUUAUCACUCAAAACGAACAAGAAAAGAUCCAAGAUCUCUGCUCACAUUACAACACCUUUAUCCAAGAAAUGCCAAACAACAUUUCAGACUUCUUAUAA